AUGAACGAAUCUGUCCGACAGCAGUGGGCCGGAGGUGUGUGUCUGGAGGAGAAAAUGCAGAUGAAACGCCUCCAUCAGCCGCAGGACGUCGUUCUGAAGCAAACCGCCGUGUUGCCUGCAGAUGUUCAGGAGGUGUUGGUGAUUAAAGAAGAGGUUCCCUGGAGCCCCAGUCUGGACCAAGAACAAGAACAGGAGGAACAGGAGGAACAGGAGAAACAGGAGGAACAGGAGAAACUGUGGGCCAGACAGGAGGAACAGGAGAAACUGUGGGCCAGACAGGAGGAACAGGAGGAACAGGAGGAACUGUGGGCCAGACAGGAGGAAGAGCAGCUUAAUGGGCAGCAGGAGACUGAUUUCACCAUGUUUACAUUCACUGGUGUACCUGUGAAGAGUGAAUGGGAUGAAGAGAAACCUCAGUCUUCACAUUUUCAGCAGAGCUUAACUGAAGACACCAGAGAGGCAACCAGCAGCCCAACUAAAUGGAUAAAAACUGAAAUGGAUGAAGAGGACUAUGGAGAACCAGAAACAGCCUGGAACCCAAAUCCAAAUUAUCAUGUUCAACCAACCGCUGAUGAAAACGCUUCAGACACUUCUGGGACUGACGACAGUGAUGAUGAUGAUGAGGAUGAUGGUGAUGGUUGUCAUUGGCAGGAACCUCUGUCAGAUUGUGUCCCUGAACCUGAUGACAGUGAUGAUGGCUGGAAGGACACUAGGGCAACUGAAUCAGGUGUAAACAGUGAAAAUGUAGAUUCACACAUGAGAGUCCACAUAGUAAAACCGUUUGGUUGUGAUGUUUGUGGAAAAAGAUUUACACACCCGCAAAACCUGAAGACACACAUGAGAAUCCACACCGGAGAGAAACCAUUUGUUUGCCCUAUUUGUGGUAAAAGAUCUAGGCAUCAGAAUAAUAUUAAGACGCACAUGAGAACCCACACCGGAGAGAAGCCAUAUGUGUGUGACAUUUGUGGUAAAAGAUCUCGGCAUCAAAAUAAUCUUAAGGUGCACAUGAUGACCCACACGGGAGAGAAACCAUUUGGUUGUGAUAACUGCGGCAGAAGAUUCAGCCGAAAAUCGCACCUUAGAACACACAUGAUAGUCCACACAGGAGAAAAACCGUAUAGCUGUGGCAUCUGUGGUAAAAGAUUCAACCGUAAAUCACAUCUUGCGACACACAUGAUAGUCCAUUCAGGAGAGAAACCGUACAGCUGUGAUGUUUGCGGUAGACGAUUUAACCGCAAAACACAUCUCGAGACACACAGCACAGUUCACACAGGAGAGAAACCAUUUAGUUGUGCGGUUUGUGGUCAAGGAUUUACCCAACAGGGCAGCUUAAACAGACACAUGAGGUUCCACCUUGGGUAGAAACCCAAAUUACAAUUGUGAAAACAUUAAGUUUGUUUGGGAAAAAAAAACAAGAGAAGCUCCAACUUACUUGGAGCUUUAAUUUUUUGUUAUUGCCAUGUUUAGACUUCAUUUGGAAUUGUUGACUCUGUAUAUUACAAAUUAGAAGUAAUAACAGCAGGUCAAUAGGGGGCGUACGUGCAGCAUCUCACCAGCUAUAAAGCUCAUUUCAAAGUCAGCAAAGUUUGACUAUAAAAUUAGUCUUUUACGUAUUUAUUUUUACUAAUGAGUCCUGUGCCAUGCACACUUCAUUAACCCUAAUUUCUCCUAAUGCUAAUACUAAUAAACUGCUACAGAAACAGUGCUCUACAAUCAGUACAACAACAGGAACCACAAGUGUCAAAACACUAGGGAGACGAGAGACUUUUUGCCCCUUUAUUCCAUUUUUUUUAGGAAAUAAAAUAUUAAUUUACAAGUAUUGCACACCAAUAAGCCACAGCUUUGAAAUCACAUGCCUAAUAUUGUGUAGCUGGACUCCAAUAAAGGCGUCCAGCCGUAUCAGGCACCAAAACAUUUACAACUUCCAGGACUUAUAGGAUCUGCUGCUGAGGGAUUCCACAAGCGCUCAGCUGGAUUGAGAUUUGGGGAAUUUAGAGUCAACACCCUGAACUCCUAAUUAUCUCCCUGAACAAUGCUAGCAGUGUGGCAGGAAGUAUAAUCCUACUGAAAGUUCUGCAACAGUCCCUAGAUAGGCGUCAAAGUAAUGUCUGCAUGAAUGCAUGACCAAAAGUUCCAAUCAGAACAUUGUGUUGUAAUGAGAUAAGCAAUCAGUGGUUUUAAUGUUGUGGCUGUUUUUUUUUUCUCAGAAUCACUGCGAUACUUAGAGCCUCAGUUCUGUUGGCUUGAAGCAAUAAUUUCCUAAAUGACCACCAGCAAACCUAGUGGAGUGCUUAACUGUACCAAUUGGGAGCACAUUGACUGAUUUAAAAAUAAUGUUUAGUAUUUUGUUUAAGAAGUUGACUCUUUAAAUGAGUAAGGUACGUCAGAGUCAUUAUGAGGCGACAUGUAGCAGCUGUUGUCGUUGCACUUUAAGUUGUUUCUACAUCCGUUAUCGCCUUAAGUCUACGUUGUUUUGGACCAGGUCCUGAUGCCACUUUCUAUAAGCACUUUUGUUUGUUAUUGUAAGAGUUGUUGUCUUGCUGUCGUAAAGAACUUUUUGUUAUUAAUUAAAUAACAGAAUAUACACCACCAUUUAAAAGUAUGGGAUCACCCAGAUAUUUUCAUGUUUUCCAUGAAAACUCACACUUUUAUUCAUGUGCUAACAUAACUGCACAAGGGUUUUCUAAUCAUCAAUGAGCCUUUCAACACCAUUAGCUAACACAAUGUAGCAUUAGAACACAGGAGUGAUGGUUGCUGGAAAUGUUCCUCUGUACCCCUAUGUAGAUAUUCCAUUAAAAAUCAGCCGUUUCCAGAUAGAAUAGUCAUUUACCACACUAACAAUGUCUAGACUGGAUUCAUCAUUCAUUUAAUGUUAUCUUCACUGAAAAAAAAAUGCUUUUCUUUCAAAAAUAAGGAAAUUUCUAAGUGACCCCAAACUUUUAAACGGUAGUGGACAUGUUCAUGAAAAAAUGGUAUCAAGUGGACAUUCAGCAUAAGUGUUGAAUUUAAUCAUUUUCAUUUAAAUAAACUUUAAGUUUAUGCAAAGUA